CUGCUUCUUCGACUCCAGAACUUCUCUGCUCUGCUCUGCUUUCUCACUCUCUCUUAUUGCCAGAGAGAGAAACCUAGAGAGAGCCCCGCGGAACUGUAAUGCCAAUGGCGGCUCCCAAGAACUGGAUUUCUCUCUCUUCAUUACUGCUUUUCAUGUCGCUUGUUGUUGGGGUAAUCGCGAGUUCUCGGGAGGACCACAUUUCUCAGACGAAGAAUGUGGAAACAGAGCAGUUACAGAGCUCCAGCAACUCAUCAAUGGAGGCCAGGUUGGAAGCUUUGAAUGAGCAUGCAGUAGAUGAUCCAGAGGAGGUUGUUUCCAUGGUUGAGAUGAGCAUAAAAAACAGCACAGAGAGGAGGAAAUUGGGCUUCUUCUCGUGUGGAACGGGUAACCCCAUUGAUGACUGCUGGCGUUGUGACCACCACUGGCAUCGCAACCGCAAGCGCCUGGCUGACUGUGGCAUUGGUUUUGGCCGCAAUGCCGUCGGCGGUCGUGAUGGCCGCUUCUACGUUGUCACUGACCCGAGCGACCACGACCCUGUCAACCCCCAGCCUGGCACUCUUCGCCAUGCUGUGAUCCAGGACAGGCCUCUGUGGAUCGUGUUCAAGCGCGACAUGGUGAUACAAUUGAAGCAGGAGCUCAUUAUGAAUAGCUUCAAGACGAUUGAUGGGCGCGGAGCCAAUGUCCACAUUGCCAAUGGAGGCUGCAUCACAAUCCAGUUCAUCACCAAUAUCAUCAUUCAUGGUCUUCACAUCCACGACUGUAAGCGCACCGGGAAUGCCAUGGUUAGGAGCUCGCCAUCCCACUUCGGUUUGAGGACAAUAUCUGAUGGUGAUGCCAUUAAUAUAUUUGGGUCGAGCCAUAUUUGGGUUGAUCACAAUUCGCUAUCUAAUUGUCCUGAUGGCCUUGUUGAUGCUGUCAUGGGUUCGACUGCCAUUACAAUUUCGAAUAACUAUUUCACCCACCACAAUGAGGUGAUGCUGUUGGGUCAUAGCGAUUCUUAUACUAGAGACAAGCAAAUGCAAGUGACUAUUGCUUACAACCAUUUUGGAGAGGGUCUUAUCCAGAGAAUGCCAAGGUGUAGGCAUGGAUAUUUCCAUGUGGUGAACAAUGACUACACACACUGGGAAAUGUAUGCCAUUGGUGGAAGUGCAAACCCCACCAUCAACAGCCAAGGAAACAGAUACCUUGCCCCAUCCAACCCCUUUGCAAAAGAGGUGACAAAGAGAGUGCAGACAGCUGCUAGCAAAUGGAAGGGCUGGAAUUGGAGGUCCGAGGGCGACCUGCUGCUCAAUGGGGCCUAUUUCACGCCAUCUGGAGCCGGAGCCUCAGCCAGCUACGCGAGAGCUUCAAGCUUGGGGGCGAAAUCUUCUUCCAUGGUUGGCGACAUUACUUCUGGUGCUGGUGUUCUAUCCUGCCGCAGAGGCCACCAAUGUUAGCACUAGCAUCCCCGGUCCAAAUACAUUUAUUUAUAGUCUCUUUCUCUGUUAGAUUUCCAAUUUUACCGUCAUAUUGCAUUAGCUAUAUUCAAUUUCCACCAUUGUUUUUUCUGUCAUCCAUCCGUUUUCUUUAUCUUGAGAAGUCUAUAUUUUUCAUGCCGCUGUCCUUACAUUGUGUUGUGCAACCUCGGCCUGGUUCAGUUGUGAAACCAACCUGACAAUUCUAGGAGCAGGUGCAGAAGAGUUGUUUUCAUUUCUUUUUUCUUAUACUGUCAUCCUUCUUGACCUCCUCCAUCCCUUCAAACACCAUUUGCUCCUCAGUCUUCUCAUCUUUCGUCUCAACUUCUGGUGCUACAUGCUAUAUAUACUGGCUUUCGGGUUUUUGAGGAAUCGAAUGAUUUCAUAUUUCUUUUUCCUUUAUUAGGUCUCGGAGUCAUAUGAAUCUGUAGCAUCAUUACCAUGUCCUGGUUGUGUAUGUGUGUUUUUCUUGUUUUACUUUUGACAGCAUUUGAGAUUGUAAUGUAAUAAUGUGCCUACUCAUGAAGUGAUGUGUUAGCGUAAAUAGUUUCAAAACUUUUAUUAUGGAAUUGUGUCAAUGAGAACAAAUAAACAUGGGAAUUAAUCCUAUUUUUAUUGUUUUA